GGUCCAGCUUCCAGCACUAAUCUUGUAUCAGCUUGCCUUCAAGGACGUGGCCCAAGACUCCUCUGCUCACCCUUGCUUCCCAUCACCCAUUUCUUCCCUCACAGCUUGCUGAGAGUACCACCGCGAGGAAGCACUGCAAGCGACGUAACAUGGCCGAGACGUUGCUUCUCCCUGUGGUGCGCGCCGCAGCUUGCAAGGCCGCUGAUGCCCUCGUCCAGAGGGUGACCAGCAUGUGUGGCGUCGAUGACGAUCGCCAUAAGCUGGAGCGGCAGCUGCUUGCUGUUCAGUACAAGCUGGCCGACGCUGAGAUAAAGAACGAGACUAACCAGUACAUCAAGAGGUGGAUGAAGGACUUCAGGGCCGUUGCCUACGAGGCCAACGACGUUCUGGACGGCUUCCAGUACGAGGCGCUCCGCCGCGAGGCGCAGAUCGGCAAGUCAAAGACACUCAAGGUACUCAGUCACUUCACAUCGCACAGCCCAGUGUUAUUCCGUUUUGAUGUGAGUAGGAAGCUGAGCAACGUCCUGAAGAAGAUCAAUGAGCUCGUUGAGGAGAUGAACAAGUUUGGCCUGCAGAACCAUGAGGAAGCACCACAUGUUCUGUAUCGGCAGACACACGCAGCACCGGUGGAUCCUGCAGAGAUAUUUGGCAGGGACCAUGACAAGGAGGUUUUGGUGAAGCUGUUGCUCGAUCAGCGAGGUCAGCAGAACGUGCAGGUGCUGCCCAUCUUUGGCAUGGGUGGAUUGGGCAAGACGACUGUUGCAAAGAUAGUGUACAACGACCACAGGGUCCAACAACAUUUCCAGUCCAAGAUGUGGCACUGUGUUUCAGACAACUUUGAUGUUAUUACUCUUGUGAAAUCUAUCAUCGAAUUGGCUACGAAUGAAAGACCCAAAGUGUCUGAUGAUAUCGAGCUGUUACGGAGGCGACUUGAGGAGGUCAUUGGAAAGAAAAGAUUUCUACUCGUUCUUGACGAUGUGUGGAAUGAAGAGGAGACAAAGUGGGAGGAUCAGCUGAGACCACUGCUGUGUUCAAUUGGUGGACCAGGAAGUGUUAUAGUCGUCACAUGUCGAAGCCGGCAAGUCACCUCUAUAAUGGGCACCCUUGGACCCUAUGAGCUGGAAUGCCUGGGUGAAGAUGAUUCAUGGGAAUUGUUUUCAAGGAAAGCAUUUACUAGUGGUGUACAGGAGCAGAAAGAGUUGGUCACUAUUGGUAGGCGUAUUGUCAAGAAAUGCAGGGGGGUUCCUCUUGCUCUGAAGACCAUGGGUAGCUUGAUGAGUACUAAGCAACAAGUUCAGGAAUGGGAAACCAUAGAAGAGAGCAACAUUGGGUAUCAUCUCCGCGGCAAAAAUGAGAUCCUAUCUAUACUAAAGUUGAGCUACAGGCACUUGACACCUGAAACGAAGCAAUGUUUUGCCUUCUGUGCAAUUUUCCCCAAGGACUAUGAGAUGGAGAAGGACAUGUUGAUCCAGUUAUGGAUGGCAAAUGGCUUUAUUCAACAAGAGCAGACAGUGGAUUUGGCACACAAAGGAGAACUUAUUUUCAAUGAGUUAGUUUGGAGAUCCUUUCUCCAAGAUGUGAAACCAGGGAUGGUUUUGAACUCCCAUGGCACUCCAUACGAGACAAUUCUUUGUAAAAUGCAUGAUUUAAUGCAUGAUCUAGCAAAAGAUGUCGCAGACGAAUGUGUAACUAUAGAAGAGUUGAUUCAGCAUAAAGCAUUGUCGAAAGAUGUCCGUCCCAUGCAUAUAGCACAGUAUGGAUGGCAUAUGUCAAGGUCUGAAUUGGAACAAAUCAGUGGAUUACUCAAGUCAACAACAUCUCUCCACACUUUGUUAAUACCUUUUAUAAUGCGCACAGAUAUUGAGGAGCUAAAGCUGAUGUCAUUUUUUUCGGAGAAAACGCAAAGCUUGCGUCUCGAUGAGCUGAAGUCAUUAAGAGCGUUGAGUUUUGUAAAUCCUUCUGUUAUUAAUUGCCAGGUCAUGAAUGCAAAACAUUUACGGUAUCUUGAGAUAUCUUCAUCUGACAUUGUUAGAUUGCCAGAUUCAAUAUCCAUGUUAUAUAAUUUGCAAACACUGAGGCUCAAUGGUUGCUUGAAGUUACAGCUGCUACCUGAUGGUAUAAGUGCAAUGAAGAUGCUCAUCCAUCUUUAUCUUUUGGGAUGUGAUCAUUUGGAGCGAAUGCCUCUGAACAUUGGUCUACUGAACAAGCUUUGCACACUAACAACAUUUGUGGUGGACACAGAAUCUGGUCGUGGAAUCGAGGAGCUCAAAGACCUAUGCCACAUUGGCAACAGGUUGGAGCUAUUCAACUUGAGAAAAAUAAAGAGUGGGGAAUAUGCAAAGAAAGCAAAUCUCCAUCAAAAGCACAAACUAAGCGAACUAUUGUUGUGUUGGGGCCACAAAAAAGAACAUGAGCCUGAAGAUGAGGUCUCUAAUGAGGAAGAAGUGUUAGUGUCGCUGGCACCACAUAGUAAGCUGAAAAUUUUGGAAGUAUAUGGAUAUGGUGGCUUAGAAAUUUCGCAGUGGAUGAGAGACCCUGAGAUGUUCCGGUGCUUACGGAAACUCACAGUUUCCAACUGUCCACGGUGUAAGGAUCUACCUACAGUAUGGUUGUCAGAUUCUCUUGAGUAUCUGUGUGCAAAAAAUAUGGGUAAUCUAACCACGUUAUGUAAGAGCAUUGGGGUGGAAGCAGAAGGAUAUAAUACCCCUCUGCAAUUCUUCCCCAAGUUGAAGACGAUGGUGUUACAUCGGCUACCGAACUUGGAGAGAUGGACACCAAAUUGUGCUGGAGAGUGUAGUAGCUUGUCAAUGUUUCCUUUACUUGAACACCUAGAGAUCAUCAAGUGCCCAAAGCUUACAAGUGUCCCAAGUUGCCCCGUUCUCAAAUAUAUGAGAUGCUGCAGCCUUCCAAUCAGUUCACUUGCACAUCUAACAACAUUAGUUUAUUUUGCAUAUGACGGAACCGGUUUUUCGUCCGCAAGCAUGCCGUUCCAAUCCUGGGAAUUUCUUGUGAAUUUAGAGUUAAGGUCGCAACUGGCAAGCAUGACGAUGCCUCUAGAGAACCAACAAAGCCAAAGCCAAAGAAGUCCUCUGGAAACUCUUCGGGAGUUGUGCCUAUUGGGCCCCAACAACUUCAUAACAACAUCUGGAUUAUCCAAAUCGCAUCUGUUGCUUUGGAAAUGCUUUACCUUUUUAGAAAAAUUGGUCAUUUUUGAUUGCGAAGAACUUGUCCGCUGGCCAUUGGAGGAGCUCCGGAGCUUGGUCCGCCUCCGCUUUCUGAGUAUUGCAGACUGUAACAACCUGGAGGGUAGGGGUUUACCAUACGAGGAGACCCUUCCACUGCCCCAGUUGGAGAAGUUGAUGAUUCAGUUUUGUGGCAGUUUACAGCAUAUCCCAAAGCUACCUUCAUCCCUGCAUGAAUUGGACCUUUUGUUUUGCACAAGUUUGGUGGCGUUGCCUCCAGGCCUUGGGGAUCUGCCCAAACUGACGACGUUCUCUGUGAAUUCUUGUGGAAAUCUGGAAGCGCUGCCUGAUAGGAUGGAUGGCCUCACUUCCCUUGAGCGAUUCAGUAUUAUUUGUUGUCCGGGGAUAGAGAAAUUCCCUGAGGGUCUCCUCCAGCUGCUCCCUGCCAUCAAGCGUUUAUGCGUACAGAAUUGCCCCGACUUGGGCAGACGUUGCAGGGAAGGUGGGGAGUAUUUCUACCUGGUAUCCUCUAUCCCAGAAAAAUCAAUUCGAGAAAUACACACUGUAUCCAACAAAAGGAAGUUUCUAAGGAGGCUCCUCCCCUCCUGUGUCGACUCCAACUGAGAGUGAUGCGACCCUUCUUAAACUGUUUGUGCAUCUGCUUCCAGAUAUGCAUCACGUCUUAAAGCUGCACGGAGGAAGAAAAACAUGUUUGGAUCAGCUUGGGUGAAAACAGCAGUCAGCAUAAACAAAAGUUUUUCUUCCAAAUGCAAUAUGCACAGGUUUCUAUUUGCCUUUUCGGCUCAAAACAAUAUGCACUAUUUUCGUCAGUUUGGUUUCUCAUCAGUGCUUGUGCAGCUGAA